AUGUCCGGCAAGUACGUCUUUACCAAGGGCCUGAAGGAGCUCCGGUUCCUCUUCUGCCACACCUCCGAGCAGAGCGCACCCACACGGACCUUCCUCAACCGCGCUUAUCCCACCAUGAAGAAGCACAACCCGCACACUCCCAUUAUGAUGCGUGAGGCGAUGGAUACUGAGCCGCGGGUUUUCGCGCGAUACGGUAUGGAUAAGGACCCAUUGAAGACGGACUGUCAGAACCGAUUGAAGAAAGAAUACGGGCUAACAAUGGAUGAAUAUGCAGAGUUCGGAAAGGAGAAGCAGGAGGCAUUGUCGGGCUUGUCGGAGCAGCAGAUCGAAGAACGGAUCACGAAUCUGGUGAAAGCGUCCUCAUAA